UGAAGUAUUGAUACAUGCUACAACUUGAAUGAACCUUGAAAGCAUUAUGCUAAGUGGAAGAAGUCAGUCACAAAAGUCCACAUAUUAUUCCGUUCAUAUGAAAGUCCUGAAUAGGAUACUCUAUAGAGACAGAAAGUAGAACAGUUCUUGCUAAGGGCAAGAGGGAUGGGAAAAUUGGAGGGGGGGGAGGAAGAAUGAUAGUUAAAGUAUACAGAAUUUCUUCUGAGAUGAUGAAAAUGUUCUAAAAUCAUGAUGAUGGAUGCACAACUCUGUGAAUAUCUUAAAAGCCAUUAAAUUGUAUAUGCUAAAUGGGUGAAUUGUAUGGUUUGUGAGUUAUAUACCAUUAAAUCUGUUUUUUAAAAAGGAUAAAACAAAAAUUAUUCUUGUCAUGAUAAAAUAUAAAAGGAAACCAAAAGUGUGACAGGCCCAACUUUGAGAUCUGCAAAUUUAGUAAAUAAUUUUCCAAUAAUGUGAAAGUUGUGAAAACUCUUUCUGUGAAACAGUUCCCAGGCUUAGGUGUUGGAAAGGAGAGGAAGUAGUCUAUUCUUUCAUAAAGCAUUGGCUAAAUACUCUCUUUAGAACUAUCACUGAUUGCAAUUUUGAAAUGCCUACUCAUAGUGUCUAUGAUAUGUACCCUGGAAAAGACGUACUUGUGAAACCGUCCUCAUGUUGCUUCAGAAACAUUUUGCUCCCAAAUGUAUACUCCUCUCAGCUUAAAUGUUAAAUUAUUUUAUGUAAUCAAUAACACCUCAACAGCAUCAGACAGUAACAUAAGUGAAAGUUUGCUCUUUGCAAUCCUCCCUGUGCAACACCACAGAGCUCUGUCUACACACACAACAGCCAUAUGAAAAUAGAACCCAGCGUUUCAUGUUGCAUAGUCUAUAUUCAGUACAUCCAGAAUUUUGCCUCCAGUAUUAAACCAGAAAAUAGUGAAACGCGUGGUGGCGCUGCAGGCUAAGAUAAUGGAAAUCAGAAUUGCCUAGGCAGCUCCAGUAUCCAGCCAAACCGUUUCGCACCGCGCCUGGAAGCAAAAGAAGAGCUUUCUCAGCCAGAGCAAAAGAAAGAGUGAAGCUUCUUUAAAACGCCUUUCAACGGCUUCGUUCUGACGUUCUGGACUGCAGGAUCGUGCUACCAGGAUCCUGGACAUACCUAAAGCUCCUGUGGACCAAAUUUUAAGGAAAGAGCAAUGGAGAUCGGAUGGAUGCGCAAUCAGAAACAAAGGCAAGUCCUCGUUUUCUUUGUUUUGCUGAGCGUGCCUGGGGUGGGCGCCGAGUUGGGGCCCUAUUCUGUAGUGGAAGAAACGGAGAGAGGCUCUUUUGUGGCAAAUCUAGGAAAAGACCUCGGAUUGGGGUUGACAGAGAUGUCCACCCGGGGAGUCCGGAUCAUUUCCCAGGGGAACAAGGAGCAUUUGCAGCUCGCGGGUCAAACUGGGGAUUUGCUCAUAAAUGAGAAACUAGAUCGAGAGGAAUUAUGUGGUCCCACUGAGCCAUGUGUACUAUAUUUCCAAGUGUUAAUGGAAAAACCCUUAGAAAUAUUUCAGGCUGAACUGAGGGUGAGAGAUGUAAAUGACAAUUCUCCUGUGUUUACUGAAAAAGAAAUGCUUCUUAAAAUUCCGGAAAACAGUCCUCUAGGAAAUGCAUUUCCUCUGAAUAAUGCUGUGGACCUGGAUGUAGGAAGCAAUAAUGUUCAAACCUACAAAAUCAGCCCCAAUUCUCAUUUCCGGGUUCUAACCCGAGAACUCAGAGAUGGCAGGAAAUACCCAGAGCUGGUGCUGGAUAAGGAGCUGGAUCGGGAAGAGGAGCCUGAACUAAGAUUAAUCCUGACUGCGCUGGAUGGCGGCUCGCCGCCCCGGUCUGGGACAGCCAAGGUUCGCAUUGAAAUAGUGGACACCAAUGAUAACGCCCCGGAGUUUGAGCAGCCUGUCUACAAGGUGCAGAUUCCGGAGGACAGACCUGUUGGCUCCCUGGUUGUCACUGUCGUCGCCAGAGAUUUAGACAGUGGAGUCAACGGAAAAAUAUCCUACACACUCUUUCAGCCUUCAGAUGAUAUGAGCAAAACUUUGGAGGUAAAUCCUAGGACAGGAGAAAUUCGACUGAGAAAACAAGUAGAUUAUGAGACGGUACUGUCUUAUGAAGUGGAUAUCAAGGCCACGGACGGGGGAGGUCUUUCAGGAAAAUGCACUCUCCUCCUGCAGGUCGUGGAUGUGAAUGAUAACCCCCCAGAAGUGACCAUGUCUGCACUCACCAGCCCCAUCCCAGAGAACUCACCUGAGACUGUAGUUGCCGUUUUCAGUGUUUCAGAUCCUGACUCGGGUAACAAUGGGAAGACAAUCUCCUCCAUCCAGGAAGACCUUCCCUUUCGUCUAAAACCUUCAGUCAAGAACUUUUACACUUUGGUAACGGCGAGAGCACUCGACAGAGAGGCAAGAGCUGAAUACAACAUCACCAUCACCGUGACUGACUUGGGGACACCCAGGCUGAAAACACAGCUCAACAUAACCGUGCUGGUCUCCGACGUCAACGACAACGCCCCCGCCUUCUCCCAAAGCUCCUACACCCUGUUCGUCCCCGAGAACAACAGCCCCGCCCUGCACAUCGGCAGCGUCAGCGCCACAGACAGAGACUCGGGCGCCAACGCCCAGGUCACCUACUCGCUGCUGCCGCCCCGCGACCCGCACCUGCCGCUCGCCUCGCUGGUCUCCAUCAACGCGGACAACGGGCAGCUGUUCGCCCUGAGGUCGCUGGACUUCGAGGCCCUGCGGGCGUUCGAGUUCCGCGUGGGCGCCGCAGACCGAGGCUCCCCCGCGCUGCGCAGCGAGGCGCUGGUGCGCGUGGCGGUGCUGGACGACAACGACAACCCGCCCUUCGUGCUGUACCCGCCGCAGAACGGCUCGGCGCCCUGCACCGAGCUGCUGCCCAGGGCGGCAGAGGCCGGCUACCUGGUGAGCAAGGUGGUGGCGGUGGACGGCGACUCGGGCCAGAACGCCUGGCUGUCGUUCCAGCUGCUCAAGGCCACGGAGCCCGGGCUGUUCAGCGUGUGGCCGCACAAUGGCGAGGUGCGCACCGCCAGGCCGCUGGGCGAGCGCGACGCGGCCAGGCACAGGCUGGUGGUGCUGGUGAGGGACAGUGGCGAGCCCGCGCUGUCUGCCAGCGUCACGCUGCACGUGCUGCUGGUGGACGGCUUCUCGCAGCCCUACCUGCCGCCGCCGGAAGCGGCCCCGGCCCAGGCCCAGGCCGACUCGCUCACCGUCUACCUGGUGGUGGCCUUGGCCGCGGUGUCGUCGCUCUUCCUGUUCUCGGUGCUGCUGUUCGUGGCGGUGCGGCUGUGCAGGAGGGACCGGGCGGCCUCGGGGGGUCGCUGCUCGGUGCCUGAGGGCCGCUUUCCGGGCCACCUGGUGGAUGUCAGCGGCGCGGGGACCCUGUCCCAGAGCUACCAGUAUGAGGUGUGUCUGACGGGAGGAUCAGGGACCAGCGAGUUCAAAUUCUUAAAGCCGGUUAUCCCUAAUUUCCAGUCACAGGGCACUGGGAGGAAUAGUGAAGAAAAUCCCAUGUUUUGAAAUAUCUUUGGGUAUCAUUUUCAGUAAAAAUCUGUGUAUAUUUUCACGUACUUUUGUAAUGUUAUACAACCAUAUCAAUAUUAAUUUUAAACUAGUUAUGCAAUUCAAGUAAUUUUUAAUUACUACAUAUCUACAUUUUUCAAUGUUAUUUUAUCCCUUUUUGCAUUAAUUAACAACUAGUUUUGAUUGAAUGAGUACCUAUUUCUAAAAAAUAAUUUCAAGGUUUGAAUCCUUUCCAAGUGUACAAGGAUUUGUUUAUUAUCAUUUCUCAUUCUGGAAAACUGAAGUUUUGAUUUUUCUCCUAGUAUGUUUCCGAGACUCAAUCUCAUGGUCCUAACCACCUGUCUAUUGUACUUCCUUCUUGUGAGAAGUCAUAUCUGCCCUUGGAAGCUUAUUCUAACGUUCUAUUUAUUCAUUUAAAAAGCAAUGCCAUCUAAUUUUAAAUCCCAACAUUAGAAAGAAAUAUUUCUUUAUUAAUAUGGUAGAUAUUUCAUGGUAGAUGAAAUGUUAUUGUAUGAUCAAUAUUGGACUCCAAUAAUAUCUUUGUGUUUGUAUUAUUUUCUUUUCUUUAAAUAUACUGUUCUUAUUUGGCUAAUAUUUUCUAUGUUCUCUUUUGUUGAUUAUAUAUAUAUAUAUAUGUGUAUAUAUAUAUGCACACAGAUUGUGUCUCAUAAUCCCCGCAAAAUAAUAUACUGCAUGAAAAUAAAUGCACAUUUUGAAACAUUUUGAAAAUUUGUGUGUGAAAAUAUUGGUGGACUGUUGGAAAGAUAUUGACUUUUCAUUUUAUUUUAUAAAUGUAUUUAAUUACUGUCAAAUUUUAAAUUAAGAUGAACUAAAUGUUACAAAGAAAAACAAUAGUUUCUUCAAUCUCUAGUGUAUUUCAUUGGAGUGACUUCUAGAAUUAUCUCAAUAUUUCUAAAUAUGUGUUUACUAUUAUAUCUUGACAUUCAGUUUUAUACUUUAAUCACUUCUUGCUGCUAGAAAAAAAAGAUUUAACUUUCUCUGUAACUAACAACAUAUGUGUGGACACUGUAUAUUCUCUUUCUCCUAUUCUCCCAAUAGAAUUGCUAGUUUUUAAAAAGUUGAACUAGUCUUGUUAGUAUCCAUAAUGCUAAGAUUUCUUCAAUAUAUGCAUUAGAGUAGAAUGAUUACAUUUCUUGAAAAUAUUUUUCCUAGAACUGAAAAUUGUUUUGUACUUGCAUAAUUUUCUAUGUCCUGCUAUUGAUGUUUUACAUUAUCUCUCAUUUGAAUUUCAAUCUUUCUCCAUAAAAUAUUCAAAUGUGUCAGAUACAUAUCAAUUAUGUUUAUUUCUUAGAGCUCUUUCACCUAGAUCUCUGCUUCAUUUACAUUUGUUGUUCUAAAGGUUGUCACCCUAUGACUUUUUUAAAAAAUAUAUUUCUGUGCUGCUCUCCUUUUACAAGCUCUAGUAUGUUCUUAGUUUACUCCCUUAUUUAGCUGAUACAUAUCUCUCCAUACCUUCAUAAAAAUGGAUGCAGAGAAAGUAAAUCUUUUUGAAAGCUUGCAUUAGGAAAUUAUCUUCUUUUCAUUUCAGUUGACUGAUAGUUUGAUUGGGUAUAAAAUUAUAGGUUGAAAAUACUUUUCCCUCAGGUUUCAAAAGCACUGUUACUUUUAUUGACUGCAUAUAGAGUUGUUCAGAAGGCUGAUUCCAAUGUCUUUUUGUGUGAUCCCUUUUUUUUCUUUCUUUCUUUCUGGAAGCUUUGAUAAACUUUCCCUGAUGUUCUCAAAAUACCUUAGUACUGGCUAUUUAUAUAUUUAUUAAAUUAAUGUGGUCACAUGAAUGUGCCCUAUAAAUAUAUAUAUAUAUUUUGAGAUGAGGUCUCACUCUGAUUGCCCAGUCUGGAGUGUCAUGGCUAUUCACAGGUGCAAUCAUGCACACUGCAGCCCCUAACUCCUGGCCUUAAUAAGGACUCCUGCCUCAACCUUAUGAGUAGCUGAGACUACAGGGAUGUGCCACCACUCCUGAUUGUUUAUACUACCAUUUUCAGUUCUGAGAAAUUUUCUUGGUAUGUUUUACUCAUAAUUUCUCCCUAGAGUUUUCUGCAUUCUCACUUUAACCAAAACCUCAGUUAGAUAUUAGAUUUCCUAGAUUGCUUCUAUAAGACUCUAAGCUUUUUUCCCUUUCUUAUUUUCUAUGUCUUUACCACUUUUCCCAUUUUUUGGACAAUUUAUUUAA